UCGAACAUCUUCCAUGGGCGUGAUCAACGUUCUCAGCAUAUAAAGGCUGCAUCUUCUCCGCUAUCUCCAUCCCUCUGCGCGUCUCUCUUUUUGGGUUGCAUCCUACCCCUACCUACAUACACUGCACACAUCAACACGGAUUGCAGCUUGUCCAGGGCCAGUGUAGCAGAGGUUUCCUCUGCUUCUUUCAUUCACGACAUCACGAAUUCAUCUGAGAUCUCGAACAACGCGAGCACGAACAAUGGCUGAGGUUCCGGAAGUGCCCACUUUCGACAUCCCCGCUCGGCAGCGAGGCAAGGGCUCGGGUGCUAACAUCAAGCCUCACAUCGACCAGGCCACCUAUCAGAAGAACCACGCCGCGUCCCUCAACGACAGUGAAGCGUUCUGGGCAAAGCUCGCAAAUGAGACUAUCUCUUGGGAGGUGCCUUUCCGCACUGUUCAGAAUGGGAAUUUCGAGUCCGGUGAUGUUGCUUGGUUCCCAGAGGGACAGCUCAAUGCGUCCUACAACUGCGUCGAUCGCUGGGCGUUCAAGAACCCCAACAAGACCGCUAUCAUUUUUGAAGCUGAUGAGCCUGGCAAUUCCAAAGAAAUCAGCUACAGCCAGCUCCUGAGAGAGGUCUCGCAGGCUGCUAAUGUGCUCAAAAAGCUUGGGGUCAAGAAGGGUGAUACUGUCAUCGUCUACCUGCCCAUGGUUCCAGAAGCUGCCAUCACGCUCCUUGCCUGCGCUCGCAUCGGUGCAGUUCACUCUGUCGUAUUUGCUGGUUUCUCUGCCGACUCGCUCCGUGACCGCGCGAAUGACUGCGGUGCGCGUGUAGUCAUUACGACGGAUGAGGGCCGUCGCGGCGGCAGGACGAUCGCUACCAAGUCGAUUGUCGAUGCCGCCCUCAAGGAGUGCCCUGCCGUCGAGCACUGCCUUGUCGUCAAGCGCACCGGCAACGAAGUCGGUUGGAACAAGAAGCGUGACCUGUGGUGGCACGAGGAGUGCGCCAAGGAGUGCGCUUACUCUGCACCGACGCCCGUCAUGGCCGAGGACCCGCUGUUCAUCCUCUACACUUCUGGCUCCACUGGCAAGCCCAAGGGUGUCGUGCACACCACUGGUGGCUACCUUCUCGGCGCAGCCUUGACUGUCAAGCAUGUCUUUGACGUCCAUGAAAACGAUAAAUACGCCUGCAUGGCGGACAUUGGUUGGAUUACUGGUCACACUUAUAUCGUCUAUGGCCCGUUGAUGAACGGCGUCACCACGCUCAUAUUUGAAAGCACGCCGGUAUACCCGACGCCAUCACGAUACUGGGAGAUGGUCGACCAGCACAAGGUGACGCAGUUCUACACUGCGCCGACCUCAAUUCGUCUGCUCAGGAGGCUGGGCGAGGAGCAUGUCAAGAAGCACGAUCUCUCUUCGCUGCGCGUCAUCGGGUCCGUCGGAGAGCCUAUCAACCCAGAAGCGUGGCACUGGUACAACGAAAACGUUGGCAGAAAGGAGUGCGCCAUCGUCGAUACCUGGUGGCAGACCGAGACGGGCUCGAUCCUCAUCACGCCGCUUCCUGGCGCGACCAAAGUCAAGCCCGGCAGUGCAACUUUCCCUUUCUGGGGCGUCGAACCUGUGCUCUUGGACCCGACAACCGGCCAGGUGCUCGAGGGCAACAAUGUUGAAGGUGUCCUCGCCAUCAAGCGUCCAUGGCCUUCGAUGGCGCGCACCAUUUUCAACGAUCAUACACGAUACCUCGAAACGUACAUGGCCCCGUACAAGGGCUACUACUUUACCGGGGAUGGCGCCGCUCGCGACAAGGAUGGCUACAUCUGGAUCAAGGGUCGUGUAGACGACGUCAUCAACGUCUCCGGCCAUCGUCUCUCGACAGCCGAGAUCGAGUCGGCUCUCAUCGGCCACCCCGGUGUCGCGGAGACGGCUGUCGUCGGCAUUGCGGAAGAGCUGACGGGUCAAGCGAUCUGUGCUUAUGUCACGCUCAAGCCUGACUUCAGCUACGACAACGAGGACGCGCUCAUCAAGGAGCUCGUCAUCCAGGUCAGGCGCAACAUUGGUCCUUUCGCCGCGCCAAAGAAGAUUGUUAUCACGCAGGACUUGCCCAAGACUCGCAGCGGGAAGAUCAUGAGACGUAUUCUGCGGAAGAUCGCAAGCGGCGAGGGAGGCCAGCUUGGCGAUGUUUCCUCCCUCGGCGACCCAUCUGUGGUGGAGAAGCUGAUCGUUCAGUAUGAGAGCUCCAAGGCUAGCUCCGGCAAGUGAAGAAAGAGCUGCAAAAGGU